AUGGGGCAGGCGCUGUGCGUCUGCUCCCGCGGCACCGUCAGCCUGGGGGGAGCGCGGUACCUCCUGCUCCACCGCCUGGCAGAGGGGGGCUUCAGCUAUGUGGAUCUGGUGGAGGGGCUGCGGGACGGGCGCUUCUACGCCCUUAAGCGCAUCCUGUGCCACGACAAGGAGGACCGUCAGGCCGCCCUGCAUGAGGUGGAGAUGCACGGCCUCUUCGACCACCCCAACAUCCUGCGCCUGGUGGCCCACUGCAUGGUGGAGAAGGGUGCGAAGCACGAAGCCUGGCUGCUCCUGCCCUACGUGAAGGGGGGGACCCUCUGGAGCGAGGUGGAAGCACUGCGAGAGAAAGGGACCUUCAUGCCAGAGCAGCGGAUCCUCCUCAUCUUCCAUGGCAUCUGCCGCGGGCUGCAAGCCAUCCACAGCAAGGGCUACGCACACAGGGACCUCAAGCCCACCAACGUGCUGCUGGAUGAGGAUGACCGGCCUGUGCUGAUGGACCUGGGCUCCAUGAACCAAGCUCGCAUCGAAGUCAACAGCUCUCGGAAGGCCAUGGCCGUGCAGGACUGGGCUGCCCAGCGCUGCACCAUCUCCUACCGUGCCCCCGAGCUCUUUACAGUGCCAAGCCAGUGUGUCAUAGACGAGCGCACAGAUAUUUGGUCCCUAGGCUGCGUGCUGUACUGCAUGAUGUUUGGGGAGGGCCCCUACGAUGCCGUCUUCCAGAAGGGUGACAGCGUGGCUCUGGCGGUGCAGAACCCCAUCGCCAUGCCCCCCACGACCAGGUACUCGGCUGCCUUGCAGCGCCUGCUCUCCUCCAUGAUGACGGUGAACCCCCAGGAGCGACCCAGCAUAAAUGACGUCCUCCACCAGCUGGAGGGGCUGCAGCCAGCGCCGGCGGGACAGGACACCACGCAGAUCUGAGCCCGUUCCACCCCGCGGCAGCAACAUGCCCUGAGGCCGAGCCAGGGGAAAAGCAGCUGCCCUCAUCUCUGCUCCCCUGCGGAGCCAUUGCAGAGGGGAUUGCUGCACUCGGGGGAGAGCUGCUGCUCUGUGCCGGAGGUGUGUUGGAUUUGAAGUGUUCUGUGCCCUGGAUGCUGCUGCCUGGGACUUGGUCUGUGCCCCAGAACUGUGCACGUGUGACCUGCUGCUAAACAUGGGGCCCUCGCCGGCCGCUGCCUCCCCCCGGGGGUUGCAGAGGAGGAUGCUGUGGGAGCCCCCAGGUGACGGCAGCCACGGCCCCACAGCUCUGCACCCCAGGAGGGUCGCUCCUGACCAAGAACAGAGCUGUGGUCCGGGUCCCAGUGCGGUGCUGGAGCAAGGCGGGGAGACCCAGUGCCCGCUCCACUGCUGCUCUCAGCGCCAACGUUGCCUUGUGUUUGGAGUAAAAGAUGUUCU